AUGCCAGAUUCAAAGAUCGUAAUCUCCGUUUGUUCUUCCUUGGUGAGUUCAACUCAAGGCCGAGAUGUAUAUGAAGCUGGCGUCGGUCAGUAUCCUUGCUGCGACUUGGCAUCAGAUACUCGAGUACCACCAAAUGGAUUCACCAAACAAUCGGUACUUUAUUCUCUCCUCAUGACUCGACAUAAUCUUCAAGGUCAUAUUUCUUGGUUAGUACAAAACAAAGUUACUACCCCCGGUGGUGUUCAAAUUAGCGCAUUCACAACCUUGCCAGUUACGGGUGAAGCUGGAUUUGGGGAUUUUAGCAAUUUUGAUGGGGAAAGAAUUGAGCACGAAAUAAGGAAUACACAACUUGCACCAAUUCGAAAUCGCCGAGUCGAAGAAAUCUCCAAUAUUGUGGCAACUUCACGCCCACCUCGUCCUCGUAUCCUCACCCCGACAAUACAAUCUACAUCAGUUCCUGGGGACGAAUUGGCAGAUCCGGAAAUGGGAAAACUCACAUCGGCACGAAAACCGACUAGACCAAGUCUCAUAAGUCAGAAUCAGCAACUUGGGACCCCUUCUUCCACAGCCAGUUCGUCCCUUACGAGAAGCUAUAAAUUACAAUGUAAUGAAAAUGGCACUCCUUUGAGACCCAUAUCAACAAGAGAACCGAGAGGCCUGACACCUCGCCCGACACCUCGUCCGACACCCUUACCCCAGAAAAGAAUCAAUUUUGAGAAUGUCGAAUCCGUAGAUCUUACCGGCGAUGAUUUGGCUGGAAUUCCACCCAUCCAUUCCUCCAGUACGGUGGAAGCCUUCGAAGAUGCUUCUGUUGUAUUGUGGACGGAGGGCUCAGCGUCUCGACCGGAACCUUUACAGAAAACAAAGAAAAGGAAGAGCGAGGAAAUAUCCAAGACACGGUCCCCUCGGAAUUCCAAGAAGCUACCGAUACGUGCGACAGAAUUGCAAGAUGAGCAAGAUGAUUCGUUUGUUGACAUCGACGAAUUGGCAAUGCCGGGGCCAUUACUUCGAGAUAGUCUUCCCGACUCUCAACGGACAAUCGUUCCACGCAGAACAGUGGAGGAGUAUCCUGAUCCGAAUUUCUUGGAAGAGGUUGAUAUGGUAGGGGAAACGGUGUCUCAGAGUAGGCAAACGGAAUCAAGCAUACGAAGCAGACAAAUUUCAGAGGAUAUCAUAAUGGACAGAAGAUCAAUUUUCAGAACGACCCCCGCUCCCACCAUUAGUUAUCAAAAACGCGUUACUCCUCGUAGUGUGCGUGUGCGAAAUGUGUCACCGGUUCAAGUACAGGCUUCUCCUACUGUUCAAUCUCGUGAAAAUCGGGCAACCCAAACCCCGUCGCCACUCAAACGUAGGAGGCUCAAGCAAGAAAUACUGGACUCGGAUGAUGAAGAUAUCCUAUCGGAGGUAGAGGCGAGAGUGAGCUGCUCUCCUUGCCCUUCACCAGUGAAGGUACCGAAAAACAUCUGUAGCACACCAGACAUGCAUGCAAUUCCCGCGAAUAAUAAGUACGAGAGCGAUGAAGUGACACCCGCAAAGAAGAGAUACACUAGCCCGUUGAAGUCAAUAUCACAUAAUGCUUCAUUUCGUCAGGAGAAUGAGCCGUCUCCAUUUCAGCACGAUUCUCCCACCAAUCGCAUGACUUCACAGACAUUGCCACAACGAGGCUCAAGCCAAGCUUCAUCGGUCUCUCUGAGCCUCGAGGGAAAAAGGAUUGUAGGUUUGUACAUGAAAAAUCCGUCGGCACUCAUGCCUUUUCAAAAUCACCUUGAAACUCUUCUCAAACAGAACCACGAGGCACUUCAAGUCUAUCUUGAGGACGGCGAGCACCCUCCAAAAGAGAUGGUAUCCGAGCGAAAAGCUAUGCUAGACCAGAGAAAGGCCCUAAAAGUUCUUGCGGAUAACUUGCAAGGUCUCCAGGAUCUAGCUUCAAAAACAACAACUGCAUUACAAAGGGUGAUGGCCCUUCUAGAGGAAGAUAAUGAGGACAGUGAGGAAGAAGCGCAGUCUCGUGUGCUAACCCAAGAGCUCUCAGAGAAAAAGAAAGAGUGUUGGCGUUUACUAGAUGCUUCUGGCGCAAUAACCCAUGGAUUCGGGGCUAUUUCAUCAACCAAGACUCCGCUUUCCACUCAUGCAUCAAGUGCAAAUGCGAGUGGACAAAUUGUUCUUCCGACUCAAAUUCCGCCUCUCAGGCAUCAAUCAUCAAGUGUGGCGAGGAGCUUUGUUAGGCAGGACUAUACAACAUCUGAUUUUCCGAGCCCCAGGAACUCAAGGGCACAAGAACCUCGUUAUGCUCCACUGUCUCCUCUGAGACAUACAUCACCUCCCAGAUCGAUGAUGAUUCCUGGUAGUAACUACUCGAGGCCUGACAGCCCCGUAAAACAACCGAACUUUUACAGACAACCAUCACCAACAGAGUAUGGUGAUGAUGAAGAGUUGUUUAAUGAUCUGCUUCAAGACGAGCAGCAGAUUAUGAGAGAGACUUAUGUAGCUGACGAGAAAUCAGAUGAACAAAUAGAGGAGGAAGAUUACGGGGAUUUCGAUGAUGAUGAAGCUAUGAUAGACUAUGCGCAACAAGUUGAGCAAAGUAACUCUCUCAAGCCCUCCUCAUCAAAACCGCUUUUCAAUAUAAAUCUGCAGGAUGCAUCAAGAAACUCAUCUAAAAACUCAAAGCGAAGCACCUCGAACUCGGACAAAACGAAAAAUAUGUAUUCGACUGUGGAGCCAUCACAUGAUAUGUUCCGAUUUGCAUGGUCUAAUGAUGUCAAAAAGGGAUUGAAAGAUCGCUUUCGCUUAAAAGGCUUUCGACAGAACCAGCUGGAAGCAAUCAAUGCUACCUUGGGGGGCCGCGACGCAUUCAUAUUGAUGCCAACCGGUGGCGGGAAAUCUCUGUGUUAUCAGUUACCUGCCAUUAUCCAAUCGGGUAAGACUAAAGGCGUUACAAUUGUGAUUUCUCCGCUUUUGGCUCUCAUGCAUGAUCAGGUCGAUCAUCUCAAGAAGCUUAAUAUUCAAGCAUCCUUGUUAAAUGGCGAGAUAAGUUCUGAGGCAAAGCAGAAUUUAUUCAGCGCUCUGAGCGAAAGAAAUCCAGAGCAAUAUGUUCAGCUACUAUACGUCACCCCAGAAAUGAUCACCAAAAGCAAUGCUAUCCUAUCGAAAUUAGAUGACCUCUAUGCCAAGGAGCGACUUGCUCGUAUUGUUAUUGACGAGGCUCAUUGUGUCAGCCAAUGGGGUCAUGACUUCCGUCCAGACUACAAAAGCCUUCAUACGCUUCGUCAGAGAUAUCCUGGUGUACCGUUUAUUGCCCUAACAGCCACUGCAACAGAAAGGGUAAAGAAAGACGUAAUUCACAACCUUGGAAUGCAUGACUGUGAGCAACUCAAACAGAGUUUCAACCGCCCUAACAUAUACUAUGAGGUCCGACAAAAGAAAGGCAAGGGGUCAACGGCGGUAAUGCUUGACGAGAUAACGACCAUGCUUACCGUCAACUACAAAAACCAAAGCGGAAUCAUAUACUGCCUUUCUCGACAGAAUUGCGAAGAUGUGGCGAAGCAGCUACGAGAAAAAAGAAUAAAGGCUCAUCAUUUCCAUGCCGGGAUGACGCCUGAAGAGAAGAAAUCCACCCAACACCAGUGGCAGAUAGGAGAUAUUCAAGUCGUAGUUGCAACGAUAGCAUUUGGUAUGGGCAUCGACAAACAAGACGUGCGAUUUGUCAUUCAUUAUUGCCUUCCCAAAACUUUGGAAGGUUAUUACCAGGAAACUGGGCGAGCUGGUCGAGAUGGCAAGCCAGCCGCUUGUUUUCUUUACUAUGGGUUCCAGGAUACUCAAAUCUACAAACGCAUGAUUGACAAAGGAGAUGGCAGUUCAGAUGUCAAAAACGAGCAGCGUCAAAUGUUGGAUGCGAUGGUGCGAUUUUGUGACAAUCGCAUUGAUUGCCGCCGAGUGCGGCUCCUACGAUACUUUGGCGAGACUUUCAAAAAAGAGGACUGCGUUAAUUGUGAUACAUGCAAUUCCAAUGACACCUACGAGGAACGCGACUACAGUAGUGAGGCCCGUAAAGUCAUCAGUGUUGUCAGUCAAGUACAAGGGAAUUUUGCUAUUGGUCACUUUUCCGCUAUUUUGGAAGGCAAGGCAGUAGCAAAGGUCAAGUCGGAGAAGCAUAACGAACUUCAUGAAUUUGCCUCACUGAAAGGCAUGGGGAAAACGGAGAUUGAGCGACUCAUGGAGAAACUCAUACAGUUUGGCGGUCUGCAGUUCCGCGCUGUUAAGAACAGGGGUGGAUUCCAUAAUGAUUUUGUAUAUCUCGGGCCGAAACAUAGGCAGUACAUGUCGAGACACUUGAAACUUCCCCUGCAGAUCAGAGUUUCGACAUCACCACCCCCGGCUUCACGUACGGCCACAAAAGGCAAGGCCAAAAAGCAAACACAGCCGUCAUCAACGUUGCUCACUUCACCAAUAACUCAGACUCGACAGGAUCAAAAGGGCAAAGAACGAUACAUCCAAGAGGACAUCGACGUUAGUGAAGAUGACUUUCAUCCAAGCACCUACCCUCAGCAUGACCCUCUUGCUUCGGACAGUGUUGAAAGUUCCGAGGAUGAUGCUUUCGAGCCCUUGAAAUACAGAAGUAGGGGUAGACGCGGUAGCAGACAAGCUGAACACAUUGGGCCACCCAUCACGGUUGAUGAUGAAAUGGCGAAUCUGCACCCCGUGCAUCGAGAUCUUGUUAUUGAUUUUGUUAGGAAGGCCAGGGCACUAGAAGAGUCGACUAGGAACAAUAAUGGUCAUAGAAAACCUUAUUUUACAGAGUCCGAGUUCAGACAAAUGGCGAUUCACUGGACGACAAGCAUCACUCUGAUGUCACAAAUACCCGAGAUUAACCAAGAAAACAUAGCUUUAUAUGGCACGCGAUUUCUAAAGUUAUUGGAGGGGAGCAAGUUGCAUUAUCAGCAGAUGAUGGAUCCAAACUUCAGGCCAGAUAAAAACCAUUUGAUAGUCAAUUUAGUGAGCGAAGAUGAUGAUAGUGGAAUGGAAGAUGAAUACGGAGACCAAUUGGAAGAACCUUCUCCAUAUUUUUCAUUGAACCCAGAAGUGCAAGCAUUUAAUGAGCGAAUGGAGAUGGCAGCACAAGUUCCAAGGACACAACCCGCAGAAGCCGAUUCGUCAAAGAAGCCAUAUCGAAAAGGCGCCACUGGUUAUAAAUCAAAACCUCGUGGAGAGUUCAAAAAUUACAGGCGAAAGAGUGGUGGUUCGACUUCAAGCAAGGCGGGGUCAGGUAGUGGUGUAACGAAGAAGCGAGCAUCUGCGGGUAGCAGGAAAACCAGUACGGCAUCCAAAGGAUCAAAUAUCAUGUCACAAUUUGGCAGAAGUGCUGGAGGUGGUGGUAGUGGUAGUGGCAUAAAUCCCAUGCCGACAUGA